AUGCCAUCUGUAACUCGCCGCUUCGCAACCCUCCUCCUCCUCACCGCCGGCUUCCUGACCAUCUUCUUCAUCGCCUCCCUCCGGCACCCGUCCAACGAUGGUACCUCGCUCCACGGCCUGCACACCAUACGGCCACAGCAGGCCGCCGAUGAAGGGCCGAAGGCGCCUGUUGCGCCGGCUGGAGCUGUGAAGGGAGAAGCGCAAAAGGAUGAGCAGAAGGGUGGAGAGCACGGGAGUGGUGUGGAGGAUGGGGUAGUGCCGGAGGAGCUGCUGCAUGGCCACGUCAUUGCUCCAAAGCUGGGGAACGAGACUGCGAAAGCCCUCCUUGGCCGCGCCUCCUGGCACCACCUCCACACCCUCCUCUCCCGCUUCCCCGCCGCCCCCACCCCCGCCGACUCCUCCGCCCUCCGCGCAUACCUCCACCUCUUCCAGCGGCUGUACCCGUGCGGCGAAUGCGCGGCGCACUUUGGAGCCAUCAUGGCGGAGUUCCCGCCGCAGGUCGGCAGCAGGAACGCGGCGGUCGGGUGGGGGUGCGUGGUGCAUAAUGAGGUUAAUAGGAGUUUGGGGAAGGGGGAGUAUGACUGUGCGCAUGUGGAUGAGGAGUAUGAUUGUGGGUGCGCGGAUGGGGAGGCGGAUGGCAAGAGCAAGGAGGUGGAUGCGCGUGAGGCCAGCACAACAGCUGCCGCGCACGGGCUUGCCCAAGAGGCUCGACACGCGGCUGCGACGCCUGACUUUGAGCACGAGCACGAGCACGGGUCCGCGACCCCGUCCUCCCCUUCUCCCCUCCCUCCUCCUCGCGUGCAAUCGACUAACAGCGCGUAG